UCAUGUCGAUGAGGCUUUGGACAGACACAACCUGCCGCUGAUUCACUGUCGGGACAUUUUUUUGUGUGUGAACGGCAUCGUGUCCGUAUAAUGUUGCAGCUGAGGACGCGCAGCUGAAUGCGAAUACUGUGGAUCAGCCGGUAUUUAGAGGAAGGUGAACGCACCUUGCAUCCAGCCAUGGGAGGUCAGAUCACCAGGAAUACCUUCUACGAUUCUCUGAACGGGCCAUUUCCCGCCACAACGCACAGAUGCCAUCACAAACCCAAGCGCUGCCUGCCCAUCCAGCCGUGUGGAAGUCUGUCCUCCUUCCCUCUGCUCUUCCACCCCAGCACCAAGGGCUCGCAGAUUGUCAUGGACAUGACCCAGCGCACUGUCAAGAGACAGGCCAGCUUCUGUAACGCCAUCACCUUCAGCAACAGACCUACCGCUGUGUAUGAGCAAGUUCGACUGAAGAUCACCAAAAAGCAGUGCUGCUGGAGCGGUGCUCUGCGUCUUGGCUUUACAUCCAAAGACCCAUCGAGGAUAAAUCCAGACACUUUGCCGAAGUACGCCUGCCCCGACCUGGUCUCCCAGAGCGGCUUCUGGGCAAAAGCCCUGCCAGAGGAGCUCUCCAAUGAGGGAAACGUCAUCUCCUUCUGGGUGGACAAGAAGGGCCGGGUAUUUUACAGAAUCAACGACUCCAGUCCAAUACUGUUCUUCAGCGGGGUACAUGUCUCAGAACCUCUCUGGGCACUCAUAGAUGUCUACGGCCUCACCAGGGGGGUCCAGCUGCUAGACAGCGAGAUGGUCCCCCUGGAUUGCAUGCGUCCUCGUUCUUUUGCUGCAGCCCACCGGACCUCCAUUCGGCGAAACGGCGAUGACCCUCGCCUUUCCAUCAGCUUGUGUGACCUGAGCCUGCAGCAGCAGGAGACACAUCUGGAGGAAGAUGAUGAGGAAGAAGAACGGCUACAACGCUUGAGCUCCGCCUCCUGCCAUGUGCCCCAAAACUCUCAAAACUCGCAGCAGUGCUCACUGCUACCCAGCCACAUGGACACUGAUCUGCACUUCCACUCAGUGCAUGGCGUCCAUGUUACCGUGCUGGAUAAGCACACGGUGGCGCGACUGGAUCACCGCAGUGACGAGAGGACCCUGGUGUUCACUAGCCGUCCGAUGCGCUGCUCAGAGACUGUGUUUGUGAAGGUGAAGGCAGGUGUCACACGGCCUGGGUCUCUAUCUUACGGUGUGACAUCAUGUGACCCAGCCACCCUGAGGCAAAGCGACCUCCCAUCAAACCCAGAGUCCCUGGUUGACCGCAAGGAAUUCUGGGCCGUGUGUCGUGUGGCAGUGCCGCUCCACAGUGGCGAUAUCUUGGGCUUUGUUGUGAACGCUGAAGGGGAGGUCAUGAUGAGCCAUAACGGCGUCAGUGCAGGGAUGCAGCUGUGUGUCGAUAACUCCAGACCACUCUGGAUGUUCUACGGUCUGCACGGCACCAUCACACAACUCAGGAUUUUAGGCUCAUCUCCACAUCCGGACCUUCGAGGCCCGUCGGUCCCCAGUUCCCCAUCCUGUACACCCAACACCCCCACGAUGCUUGGCAGCGGCAACUCCGAGCCCAACCUCAACACACAAUUGAACAUCAAACUCAAUUCAAGCCUCAAUGCCAGCUACUACACAGUCUUUUCCUCGUCUACAGGUACAACCCCCAGCUCUCCAUUCUCCAGCCACCCAGAGUCCCCUACCUUCCCGUCCUGCUCGGGCUCGUGGAGCGACGAAUGCACCAUUUGCUACGAGAACGUGGUGGACACCGUCCUCUACGCCUGCGGACACAUGUGUCUCUGCUACACCUGUGGCCUCAAACUCAAGAAGAUGGCCAAUGCAUGCUGUCCCAUCUGCAGGCGGACAAUCAAAGAUAUCAUCAAGACCUACCGGAGCACGUAGGCUUGUGCAAGACCAUGUGUCGCAUCGUCAGGUUUAGCUCAAGAGGUUUGUCGAAGCCAUGUAAGACUUUGUAAGGACAGAUGCAGCACAAGCGUAAGCCCCACUUGUUUGCGUGUGCAAUCUGGCUCAGGUACUCUACAGCAGGACUCCACCAAACUCCAUUUUUAAAAUAUUUUAUCUGUCUAAUGCACAUCCUUUGAAAGCUCACAGUUCCUACCUGUGACAUCUCAGUAAGGACCCAGCAAUGAGAUUCAUCGUCGGUGAGAUCAACGGAAACAAAAUAUGUGCUACUGUAGGAACUCCAGAUAGGACAAUGAACUACUAAUGUCCAGUGAAUCGUGAUUUGUGUGAUUUGUUGAAGAGAGAGAGUAAUCUGAAGAGGCAUCUGUCCUACUUCCUGCAGAGUAACCGUUCAUUCUGCUGGUGAUAGCAUCGCUGCAAGCUAGUUUUUAAAGAAGUAGAAUUGUCCAGAGCGGCGGAAGAAGCAAGGAGAAUAAAUGUGGUUUCACCAGCUGCUCCUCCACUGCUUGUCAGAGUUUAUUGGGUCAAAAAGUGUUGUUUUAGAGUAAGAAUCAAUUCUCGACUAAAUCUGAGCAGAAAAAUCAACAAUUUGACAUUUCCUGAAUACAUUCAGAGGCCAGUGAGGAAUGAGUAAAAAAGGUUUCUGGUGGUUGAAACUUAGCAGUAAGUCUAAAAUAAGCCAUUUUUUGAAUGCAAAGAAAAUACUCCUGCAACAGAUCACAAUGAAUGUCUAAGCCUUAAGGGUAAAGAAGAAUACAUAAAUUAAAUGUUUUGUCAGGUAUCUCACCACCUGCUGUGCUUCUGUGAAUUUCAGGCAGGGCGAGAUUGUGCGAAGGGUGAAAAACUGUGAAUGUUGUCACCAUAGAAGGUCAAGCUCGCGGUGAAUGAGGAUGUAAAUCAGUGACGAGGGAGCGAGGGAGGAGGGAGGAGAGAGGAUGUUGUAUGUUUGGGGUGAAGACAGGGGAGGAAGGGCCAUCUUUUGCUAUGUGUCUGCACAUCGUUUCAGUGCAAAGAAAGCGAUCGCUCACUCAGGCACACCCCAUACAUCAGAGGUUUGUAUGAAAGCUUGUAAAAUGUGGGACUUGCAUGAGUUGCAUGUCCUACUUCCUGGCGGCCUCAGCAAGCCAGCUGGAUGUUGUGAUUUGACAAAAGUCAUCCAAAUAAACAUUGGUGGGCAGUGAUGUAUUUUUAAAAUGCUGAACAAGCACAUAAGGAUGACGAACCAACCUCUUCAUCAUUGCAAGAAACCCAUGAAAUCACACUAUAAAGUUACAGAUGGCUUUGCUUACUUCAGGUUACACACUUCUCUUUCAUAUGUACAUUCAAUCAAAAACAAAUAUUAGCUUUCAGCGAUGACGUAUUUCUGCACACCGUGCACACGAGUGCAGUCAGUGACAAGGCUGAAGCUUGUUAUUGUGGGACAUUUUGACACUUUCAAUUGCAUAUCAGUUUGUGAGUGCUGCUCUCUCGUCUGUAAGAGCAAACUCCAAGGACAUUUUCACUCGACUAAUGUAAUGCAUUAUGUACCGCUUUGAAAUGUUAAGAAUUACAAGCUAUUUCCAGUCGUUAUUUUGGUCUCACUGAAACAUUGCUCUAAUUUGUAAAGUGGUAAUUUGAUUUGUUUUUCAAGGUGUUGAAGCUUUAUUUCGUGCAACUGUGGAGGGAAAAUUAGCAGUUAUGUUGUGUAACUUCUGAGUCACAGUUUAAGUUUUCUUGUGUGCCUUUUAAAAAGAGAAGUCUGGACACACUUUUGGUGUGUUAGGCUCCUCACUGUGAAAACCAGGACAUUCACAUUCAUCUUAAAGUCACUAUUACGUGGUUGUGAUGUCUCUGAUGUGAGCAGGUUUCACCACACAACCUACAAUACAAACAUUUCAGUGUGUGAAUAUAUUCACUGCUACAGAUGAAAUGUUGCAACCUUGCCUUGUCCCCUCUGUCACUGCAUUGCAUAAUACUGGAAUUUUGUUGCGCUUGAGAGAUGCUCAGCCUUUUACAUUUCUACCUGUUUUUGUGUUACUUCCUGACCAAAUAUGACCUAGCAGAAAUAAAACAUUUGUGAAACAUUUUUGAUAGAAAAAUGCUAUUGAUGAGUGUAAUAUUAACUGUACAAUAUGGGGUUUAUUUAUUUUGUCAAUGCUACUAUAAAAGAAGUAUCAGUUUGUUUUUCAUGUAUGGCUAUAGUGUCCAAAAAGUAAAAAUAUUGUUUAUUUUAUUGUUAACCUUAUUAUUUUAUUGUUAACCUUAUUCCCCUGAAAGGAUCUUUGGAUCCGUCAGUUGCUUUUCACUUAAAGGACUAGUUUUGGGACUAGACAUUUUGGGAAAUACGCUUAUUAACUUUCUAAUGGAGAGCUAGAUGAGACUGCAGGAAAAUACAUCUAAGUACAUUUUACUCAAGUAAUUUUGAGGUACUUGUACUUCUUCCAGAUUAUACUACUUUUUAAUUCUACUCCACGAGAUAAAUAUUGUAUUCUUUACUUUUAACUUGCACACAAAUGCAAAAGUAAUAAUUAUUGCAAUAUUGUACAGUAUGUAAUGCUAUAACUCUGACGGGAGUACUUUUACUUUUAAUACUUCAAGUGCAUUUGACAUUAUGGUAUUAGUGUAUUUCUUUUAAGUGGCUAUAAUCAAUAUAUCAAAUUACAACGUGAGAGCAAUGUGACAAUGUGGAAGGGGUCGCUAAAUACCACCCGAAACUUCAGCCCCGCUUCUCGCACACACACACACGCACACACAUACACCGCUUGUCAACAAAGUGGAGCAUUUAGCAGCUAAAGAUAUUUCCCUCAGGAGUUGCUGGAGACCAAAAUCAGUUUAAAUAUGAAGCCAGCAGCAGCAAAGUCAUAUCAAUCUUUGUAUCCAACUUUUCACCAGAAAGCCAAUAAGCACAUUUCCCAAGAUGUCGAAUAUUUGGUUAAAUGCCAUAUACUAAAUGAUGCUAUUAAAAAAGGGAAUAAAAUGUGUUAAGUUGGCAUUGGUUACCUAUUAGUUGGUAAAAUGAUGUUUGACCUACUUGUGCAUAUUUAAAUACUAUCUUGAAUCUGUGUUGUAGUUAAGCAGGCGUAAGUAGUUCCCAUAUGAUCAUAAUUAUGAAAGCCUGUUUUUUUUUCAAAUGUGACCAAAUAUUUGCAGCCCAAACCAAACGAAACCAGAAAGUCAGUGAAGUGGGCAUUGUGCAUUGUGGACAAGAAAAUCAGCUCAUACCUUUUGGUUUCCUUGGCUUGGGAUUUCUAGUCGUUAAAAAAAAACAUUCUUUAAAAAGGUGGUUUAAUUAUGUUUGUUAAAUAAAGUUUAAGUCUGAA